AUGCUGACCCUGCUGCUCUUCCUCGUGCUCAACCAGUCCGUCAUGGCCGUGGAAAACGACAGCGAUGAGGUCAGCUUUGGUUUCGGCGCCCCCAUCAACUAUGCCCUUCUUCUUGGAGGGCUCCUCGCGCUUCUCGCCUACGGCCUGAUCUGGAGGUCUCGCCGCAAGUCCCGCUACGAGCGACCGGUGCUCGUCGAGGAGGAGGAUGAGGAUAUCGACGACAGCCAGCCGAUCCGCUUCAACAGUGAAGUGCUGCAGAAGAUCCAUCCCACCCACUUGAAUUCGCUGGUGGUCAUGUACUCGAUGGUGGCCAUGCAAAAAAUGGCGCCGCACGCAGAACGAUACAUGGCCAUCUGGGAGAAGAUGAUCCGCUCACAUGCUGAGGUGAGGCGGAAGGCGGUACCGGGCUGU